AUGCAUUUAAUUCCAAAAUUGACUAAAUUAAACAAAUCUCAAGAAGACAUCUCUGCUAUUUAAGAUUAUCUAAGUCAAUUACCUUAAUUUCAAGCUCCCUAUGAGGUCUUGAAAGAUUUGUGCAAAACAAUAGGAUAUGUCUAUUUUGAAACUGGUCAGGUAAUCUAACAAAAUAAUAAAUUUGCAUUCUAUGUAAUUAAAGGAUUGCUCCAAUUAGAAGACAAUAUAUAAAUUCUACCUGAAAUGUGGUAUGAUGGAGAUUUAGGUUUUGAAGUUAAACAAGAUACUCAUUGUUUUGCCUUACCCAUAUAUUUAUACAAAAAAUUUAGCUCUAUUCAUGGUGUUUUGUAUAAACAAAGGAAAAAAUCAAUAAUAGCCAAUCUACCUAUUCUAGAAAAAAUUGCUCCUAAAAUAUAAGAAUAAUUGAUCAGACAUUUCCAGGAGGUCAAGUUUGCACAUACAGACUUGAUAUAAAAAAUGGAUGAACCUGGAAAUGCCUUAUUUAUUUUACAAUAUGGAGUUUUGAGUUUAAGUAAAAACUAUUAGAAAGCUCUUUCUCAUUAUGAAAAAUAAGUAUUGCCUAGAAAAUUCUGGUUUAAUGAAAUUGUUUUAUGUUAAUUAAAUGAUCAAGGUGUUUUGGGAGAGGAAUUUACUCAAUAAGAAAAAGCUCUUUACAAUGUUAAAGUAAUGUCUAAAUCUGUAUCUCUUUUAAUGAUAUCUAUGUAACAACUUAAAAACAUAUCUCCAUAAGUUUUUCAAUUUGUUUCUAAAAUGUUUAAGGAGAAAAGUAUUUUGAGAGAUGAGAUUUAUAAAUAAAAAUGCCAAGAAUUAGAGAAGAAUUGGUAAAAUACCAAUAAAGAUUAGAUGCUCAAUUAGGAUAUUAAAAAAACAAUUUCCUUUAAAGUUCUAUCUAAAUAAACUUCUACUUGUCAAGAUUAACAAAGUCAAACUAAUGAGGAUCAAUUUGGAGCUCUAUUCGGUAAUUUGUCUUAUCAAAAGAUGCCAACAUUCAUUUAAUAAUACUUCAAAUAAAAGCAUCUUAAAGUUAAGAAACGACAAGAUCAAUAUCCAUUAAACUAUUCGAAUUCAACCACUAUAAAUCAUAUAGAUUCAACUUUUGAUCCGUUCAUUUUACUUUAGAAAACAAAACAAAAAAUGCUGGUUCAAUAACAUUCUUUAAAAUAAUAACAUGGUUUCCGUUUGAUCAAAACAAGGCAAAUAGAUCGAAAAUCAGAAUAAACCAAAUCACAGUAAAUCAGACCCAAUACUUCUCAAAUAACUGUUUCGUAGCAAUCUUAAUUUGGAUAAACUUUACAACUAUAACAAUCACUAAAUCAGCAAAGUCAUGCUUCUAGUUCAGAAUUAAAUCUCUAGAAAACAACCUUAUAGAGUUUUCACCACCAAAAACCAAUUAUCAGAUAAUUUAAAAAAAUACAAAGGAGUUCCUCUGUUCAUAGGAUUGAUGAUAUACCCUUCUCUCUGAUACCUUAGCUUAAAAAUAAAACCCCUAGAGAUAAUAUGUUUUAUCUAAAUUAAUAAUAAAAUUAUUUAGGCCAAAGAAUCAAAGUCAAUCAAUUGUUGCAUAAUUCUAUAGAUUGA